AACUUUGCCACAAAGCUUUGGAGUCCAGGCACCACGCUAAUCAGCCAGCAUCAAAUCAACAAGAAGUUGAAAGCAGGCCUGUAAUUAUGGGAAAUGCGGAGUCAGUGGAUGAAUCUCAAGAUGAUUUUUACCCACAACCCUCUUAUUAUGCUGGGAGUUCUGUGAAUCAUAGUUAUCAUCAAUCCUCUUCUUAUUCUGGGAGUUCAGCGAAUACUCGCUAUCAACAUAAGCAGCAACCCACAUAUAUAGCUGACAAUUUCAGCUCACUGGAUCAGGUUAUUUCUGCUUUGAGAGAAGCUGGUCUGGAAUCUUCGAAUUUAAUACUUGGUAUUGACUUCACAAAAAGCAAUGAGUGGACAGGUAAGCACUCGUUCCAUCGGAAAAGCCUUCAUUAUAUCGGAAACACUCCUAAUCCGUAUGAGCAAGCAAUUUCCAUCAUUGGCCGUACUCUGUCUUCUUUUGAUGAAGAUAAUCUGAUACCAUGUUUUGGAUUUGGUGAUGCUUCUACACAUGAUGAGAACGUGUUCAGUUUUUAUCAUGAUAAUAGAGACUGUCAUGGCUUCGAGGAAGUACUUGCACGCUACAGAGAGAUUGUUCCACACUUAAAACUGUCAGGUCCAACAUCAUUUGCCCCUGUAGUCAAUGCAGCAAUUGACAUCGUAGAAAGAAACAAUGGUCAAUAUCAUGUUCUUGUCAUCAUUGCUGAUGGACAGGUUUCCAGAAAUCCAGAUACAGGAAAGCUUAGUCCACAGGAACAAGCAACCAUUAGUUCUAUUGUUGCUGCAAGUCACUACCCUCUCUCAAUUAUUUUGGUUGGAGUUGGAGAUGGGCCAUGGGAUGAAAUGCAACAAUUUGAUGAUAACAUUACUGAGCGCUUAUUUGACAACUUUCAGUUUGUGAACUUCACAAAGAUCAUGUCCGAGAACACAGAAGCAUCAAAGAAGGAAACAACAUUUGCACUUGCUGCCCUAAUGGAAAUUCCAUUUCAGUAUCGGGCAGCACAAAAUAUACAACUUAAUGAACAUACCAACAGAGAAUCAGUUCGUUAUCAACAUAAAAGGCCUCUCCCUCCACCUAAGGAAGUAAUCGAUCAUGAUAAUGCACUCAGAGAAAUUCCACGCAAGACAAAUUUCGAGCCAGUUGAACCAACAGCUCCAGCUGGUGCGGAACCAGUAUGCCCCGUUUGCCUAACCAAUCCGAAGGACAUGGCUUUUGGAUGCGGUCACACAACUUGCAAGGACUGUGGCGUGACAUUAUCUUCAUGCCCUCUAUGCCGGCAGCAAAUUACAACUCGCCUGAGGUUAUACACUUGAGUCAAAAAAAUUAGUUGCUGAUUUGAUGUAUAUUAUCACUGUAUUGCCGCCAUUGAUGAUGGAUAAAGUGGUAACCAUAAUACCAUUUCUUAAAAUUUCAGCUUAAGAAUG